AUGCUUGCACGUACAUUGCUCCUGUGUGUUUUUCUGCCGCUGUGCCUUGCGCAAUCGUCUGGUGGCUUUUCGAAUCCGUCCAAAAAGGGCGGCAAGCCUCUCACGGUGAGCAAAAGCACUAAAGGCGAGCCGCUAAAUGUGAUCAUUUCUGGCAAGUCUGAUCCGUAUGUGUCCUCCCAAGAUGGAUUCGCCAGCUUCUCGCGCUCUAUCAACUUUGGCAAUGGGUCUUGCCUUGAUAUCCGAGGAAACAAUACAGCUCAAGCAAAUUUGGGCGACGGCGAUGGCACCAAGGACGAGGCCGGCCUUUUCCGCUGGGACAAUGGCUGUACAGAGGCGCUCAAUGGCGGGAAUCAUUUUAGGUACUGGGUUCAAAAUGGAUCUGCAGCAGAUACAAAAGCGAUUUUUAUUGCUGCAUCGGUAGAGAUGCCGCUUAACAAAGACCACAAUAUUGUCCCCAAUGGUUACGACAUGGGCCGCGAUCAAUUUGUGGGCAAUGCUACGCAAGGCAUCACUGUCGACCAGGAUACAGGUAAUAAGUUCCAGACGACGAUUGUCGCAAACAACACUAGCUUGAUGAAAGGUAUUUCCAAGAACGACUUGAACCACAACAUCGGUACGGACGGCGAAGUCACCGUCUUGCAAGUCAAACUUACCAAAAAAGGCAGCGGCAGCCAGGACGACCAGGCGAGCGACAAUGGGCAAACAUCGCUUGUAUCUUUCCUCCCAUUCGUGCAAAUGUUGUCGCUCGCCACUGCGGGAGUGUUGGUUUUGUGUACGUAG